AUGAGUUCGUCUGACGCCGCGUUGUCCGUGAACGCUGUCGUCGGAACUCUACUCGCGACUUUUCUCCUUACCAUCACCUUCGCGUUCCUGUCUUCAAGUAGCAGUCUGUCAAGUUUCCCGCUAGUGGGAAAGGAAGCUGGCGGUUAUGAGAAGCGACGCAAGAUGUACUUUGCGAUGGCCACCAAACUUUAUGAAGAAGGCUAUCAGAAGUUCAAGUCGUCAAUAUGGCGUAUUACCGGUGCUGAUGGCGACAUCGUCAUGAUCCCGCUUCACCAUUGCGACGAUCUCCGAAAAAUGCCUGACGACACCGUCAACAACGUUCCUCUCCUGGAAGCUCUUUGCGAGACGAGAUGGACAGACUACCACCCAAUAAACCCCCUUUUACUCAACGUCAUCAAGUCGAACCUCACCCCAAGCCUAGCCAAAGUCGCCGUCACACUUUCAGGCCACAUCCAACGUACCGUCUUGGACUCGCUCGGUUCUUGUACCGAAUGGACGGAAGUGGUGCUGUACGAGAAACUGCUGAACAUGGUAGCCAUCAUCUCCGGCCGUAUCUUCAUCGGCCCCGAGCUUUGCCACAAGGAAGAGUACCUAGAGGCCAGUACCAUGUUUGUCAUCGACCUCUUCACGGCAGCAGCCAAGAUCAAGAGAUGGCCAAAGUUCUUGCGCUUCAUCGGCAAGCAUUACAUCCCCGAAAUCAAGAAGCUUGCCGAACACAGACGUCGUGCAGCUCAGGUCCUCGUCCCAGUCAUAGAAGAACGUAAGAAGUUGAACACCGAAGGUACCAACGCACCGGAGGAUAUGCUACAAUGGUUCAUCGCCAAAUCUAGCAAGUUUGGCAUGGACAGUAAUGAGCAACUCGCCGAGACGCAGCUUAGCUUGAGCGUUGUCGCCAUUCAUACCACGACGAUGGCAGCCACUCAUACCUUGUAUGAUAUCGCAGCACGCUGUCCCGAUAUUAUUCCCGCCCUCCGGAACGAGGUCAAGUCUGUACUCGCCGCGAAUGGAAACGAAUGGACCACCAGCGCUCUCUUCCAGAUGAAGCUCCUCGACUCCGUCAUGCGAGAGUCCCAAAGAUUCAAUCCCGCUAGUCUAAUCAGCUUCCUACGAACCAUCACGAAACCAGUGACGCUCAAAGACGGCACUACACUCCCCACCGGCACCAACAUCGCGGUGCCCAUGGUCGGUCCUCUACAAGAUGAUUCUCACUAUACAGACCCAAACCUAUUCGACCCCUACCGCUUCGUAUCCAUCCGUGACGAGAUGCGCAGCGAUCCGUUGCAGUAUGCCAACAAGGAACAGUAUCAAUUCGUGUCUUCGACCAAGGAGAAUAUGGCCUUUGGCUUCGGUCGUCACGCGUGUCCGGGACGAUUCUUUGCUGCCACCGAGAUCAAGAUGCUCCUCGCGAGACUUCUCCUCGAGUACGAUAUCCGACUGCCAGACGGGGUGCAAAACCGCUAUGAGAAUAUUGUAAGAGGCGAUAUGAUUGAACCGGAUCAUACGAAGACGAUGAUGGUGAGGAAAGCCACCGCACCGAAAGAGUGA